AACCCCAAUCGACAACUGUAAACCACGUUCCUCUUCGGCUUUUUUCUCUGUAACAUAAUAUUCAUACCUACAUUUCUUCUCUUUGUUGUUGUUAUUACCACCCUCCAUCUCCACCACCGUCACUCCUCUCUCUCUCUCUCUCUCUUGCACCGAGCGUUCUGCUGCUCGCUCUUCUUCUUGUCCGAAGACCUGCAACUCCCAUCCCGAUGCCUUCCCGCCACCUCUCGUCUCCUUCGCCUCCACCCAUCGCCGCCGCCCACCGCCAUCGCAUCCUCCUCCUCGCCGUCGCCGUGUCCGCCUCCUCCCUAAUCCUCCUCGCUCUCUUCCUCCUCCUCUUUCUCUUCUACCUCUACCUCCGCCGCUCCCCGACGCUCCCUUUCCUCUCCUCUGCCGCCGCCGCCGAUAACCCCCUAUGCCUACGCCGCUUCUCCUACCGCACCCUCCGCUCGGCCACUGCCUCCUUCGACCCGGCCCGCUCCCUCGGCCGGGGCGCCUCCGCCGCCGUCUUCCGUGGCCUCCUCCCCGACGGCAAGUCCGUCGCCGUCAAGCGCCUUCUCUCCUCCCCUUCCUCCCCCACCCGCGCCGCCUCCUCCGACCGCGAGUUCCACAACGAGCUACAAGUCCUCGCCGCCCUCCGCCCCUCCCCCUUCGUCGUCUCCCUCCUCGGCUACUGCCUUGAGGGCCGCCGACGACGCCUCCUCGUCUACGAGUACAUGCCGAACGGGAGCCUACAGGAAGCCCUCUUCGGCUCCAGCUCCCCUCUCAGCUGGGACCGCCGCUUCUCCAUCAUCCUCGACGUCGCCCGAGCCCUCGCCUUUCUCCACCUCGAGUGCGAUCCCCCGGUCGUCCACGGUGACAUCAAGCCCAGCAAUGUGCUCCUCGGCUUCGAUUUCCAGGCGAAAAUUUCCGAUUUUGGCUUGUCUCGGGUGAAGACCGAGGCCGAUCUCGGCCCCGAGUUCUUCAGCCAGGAUCUCGGCCCGAGCCAGGAGCUCUUCAAGAGCCAGGACCUCGUUCCAGAGAGCCCACAGGUAGACCUCCCCGUCCCCCUUCAUGCCUCUUCAUCCAUUUCGUGCAAGAACUCCGACACCAGGCCGAAUCCCGCCGGUAGUCACAGGGGGAAGGAGGCAACGGCACUCAGCUCCCCUGUCCAAGAUGAGAUUUUUAGCUUCGAGCAUAGAACAGAGUCGGGUGCGACGCUGGAAGAUGGCAGAACAGAGUCGAAUGGUCAAUGGGGGAAGCACUGGUGGUGGAAGCAGGAAGGCAGCGGGGAAUUGAGCAGCAAAGACUAUGUCAGGGAGUGGAUCGGGACCCAAAUUUGCCCCUCAGGCAAUCCCGAUUGGGAAGACGAGAAGAGGAUUUCUCCCGAGAAGUGUUUUGAUUUCAGGAACUCAAGCCGGGUGGAGAAUCUGGACGUCGGGGACGACACCCUCUUCGGCGACGCCCGUGAUAAGAACACAGAGAAGAAACAGGGGAGGAAGAAAGGCAUUCUCGCCAGUGACAGGAAGGACAGGAAGAUGAGGGAGUGGUGGAAGGAGGAGUACUUCGCAGAAAUCAGCAAGAAGAGUCAUCACAAGAAAGAGAGGAAGUGGUUCCGAACAAUUAGUAGCCGAGAGCAUACCGGUAGCGCCGUCGACGACGAUGCUCGACGCGGCCGAGAUCUGAACGUGGACAUAAGCUUCAGGAAGGGCUGGAAGAAGAAGAGGAGCCGAUCGGCUGGCAGCGACAUGUUCAGCGGCGACAUGUUCAGCAGGGAGCUCAGUAGCACGACGAGCAUGAGAGGCACAGUGUGCUAUGUUGCUCCCGAGUGCCAUGGAUGCGAGCAGUUGAUGGAGAAGGCAGAUGUCUACAGCUUCGGGGUUCUGAUCCUUGUCAUCGUGUCGGGAAGAAGACCCCUGCAUGUGCUGUCGUCGCCGGUGAGGUUGGAGAAGGCAAACCUUGUGAGCUGGUGCAGGCAGCUGGCUCAGAUGGGGAAUCUCCUGGAGCUGGUGGACGAAAGGUUGAAGAGCUCAUACAACAAGGAGCAGGCAGGCCUCUGCAUCAACUUAGCUCUCUUGUGCUUGCAGAGGAUCCCCGAGUUGAGGCCCGAUAGCGGGGAUGUCGUCAAGAUCCUCAAGGGGGAAAUGGAGCUUCCGGUAGUGCCAUGUGAGUUCUCUCCAUCUCCUAACGCUAGACACAUGAGUAGGUCACGAAGAAAAGCUUCCAUGGAAGUAGUGUAGAUCAUUUGCCACUGCAACAUCGAAACACAGAAAUAAUAAAGAUAACCCUCGAUCGAGGGUAAGUAAUUUGAGCUUCUUGAUGUUGUUUCAUCCUGUU